UAAACCUGGCGCCAAAUGAAGGCUCCCAAGUCUGUGCAACUCUACAAUUCAAAGUUUCUCCUAUUCCUUUCUUCCCUCGACUAAAGAUAUGUGUAUUUAUGCUUGAUAAAAUUGAGUGAAAAAUCAAUGGAGAAUUCGAAAAUUUUCAGCGUUCGAAUUGUAUCAAUAGAUUACUACAUGGCACCACCAAUACCUAACUUCGAUAUCUGUUACAGUAGCUUUCAAGGUGGGAAGGUGAACGAGGUUCCUGUUAUAAGGAUUUAUGGCUCCACGCCUGCUGGUCAAAAGACUUGUUUGCACGUUCAUAGGGCUUUUCCAUAUUUAUAUGUCCCAUGUUCAGAUAUACCACUUCAUCCAGAUCAAGAAGGUGACUCCUACACAAAUGCAAUUUCUCUUGCCCUUGAGAAAGCCUUGAAGCUUAAAGGUAAUGCUGGUUCAAAAAGACAACAUGUGCAUGGCUGCAGUCUCGUGCGAGCAAGGAAAUUUUAUGGUUACCACUCAUCAGAAGAGUUGUUUGUCAAGAUAAACUUCUAUAAUCCUCAUGAUGUCUCUCGUGCUGCCAAUCUUCUUCUGGGAGGGGCAGUUCUUGAUAAAAGCUUACAGCCUCAUGAAUCUCAUAUUCCUUUCAUUCUCCAAUUUCUGAUUGACUACAACUUGUAUGGAAUGGGUCAUGUGCAUUUAUCAAAAAUGAAGUUCCGUCAUCCUGUACCUGAUGUUUAUACAAUGAGAACAUUUACCAGGAAUAUCCUACAUGGACUGGAGAUGGAAAAUUCGACUUGCAUGUCUGCUGAUUUUCAGGCAGGUUUGAGUGGUGGUGAGUCUUUCGAUUCUCCAGUUUGGAUAUCUUCUACCAUUCCAGGUGAUUGGAUGUGGCAGUUUUCCAGUGAAUUUGAGCUGUCAUCAGAUCAGGGCAUUUACCAAAUUAAACGCCAAAGCAUCUGUCAACUUGAGGGAGAUGCUACUGUAGAUGAGAUUCUAAACCAGCAAUUUAAAACAUAUGCAUCUCUCUCGCAAACUGGUUCAGAUGUAAAAAUGGUGCAAUCACUUAUACCUAUUUGGGAGGAAGAAUAUGAAAGGAGUGGGUUGCAUGAGGCAGCUAUACCACCUGAUCCUGGAAAACCACUUGCUGAGGAUGUUUUGAAAACACUGUCACAUGAGCUUGAUUUUGAGAGAAAACUUAAAGAGUUGUAUAGUAAAUCUGAAGGCCUACCUUCAUUCGGCAACAUUGUAAAAUGUCAGCAGUCAUUAACAUCUGCCUAUGAAGAUAUUUUGGGUGAACAUGAAAAAAUAAAUUUUGAUAAUACCCAUGAACAACCUUUAAACUGUUCCGCAGAAAGAGAUACUAUUGGGUCUUCAUCACUGUUGAGUUCUCCAUGUGCAGAUCAGUUGGACACAACUCCAGCAGAAAGGAAAGAUGCUUGCCCAGAAUUCUUGUCUGUCAGUGACCUACAAUCUACUGAAACAGUUGGAACAUUGGAUCCAAAGACUGCAGAUCCUGAAGCUUUGGACCUUCUAAGGUGGCUUGCCACUUCUCAGGCUGCUGAUGAUAUAAACUCUGAUGAUGAACUUAUUCGUGAGACAAUUCUAAUUCCACUUUUGCCUGCAAAAACAAUUGAUGAGGUGCUGGAGAAAGCUAAUAUGGAUUAUGAAAGUGAGUCCCAAAAAGAGUGUCAGGACAUUCUUGAUUCUAUUGAAAAUUUAGUUGAUUUGGAGGGUUUGAAGGAGAGAACUUUUCAUUCUAUUGGUUGCAGCAAUCGAAAUCAAAAUUUGUCAGAGACUUCUCAUGGGGAUGGUUUGGUCUCAUCUUCUUCCAGAACUGCUGAAAAUUUAUCAAGGAUAGGGAUGAAAGAUGAUUCCAAAAGAUGUCAGACAACCGGCACAAAUUUCACUACUAAGUGCAAAAGGAAGAAGUCAUUAUGGGGUUCUUUACCUUUCUCCAUGACCCGAAAGGGGAAUGAUGACUUAGAAGCUGUUGGGUCCAAUAUAGCUGAUGCCUGUAUUGGUCAAGGUAAAAGUUGUGUCACUACAUCCAUGGCUGGAAAUGAGGGGGAAAAACGUUCCGAUAUUCUGUUGAAAAAUUUGAACUCAGAUGUUUGUGAAGUAAGUGACCUAGUUGGAUGCUCAGUACGAGACUUAAUGAGAAUAAAGCGAUGCCACCGAAUUGCUCAGCAGGAUUGUGGCAAUAUUGAGGUUAAACAUUCAGGGGGAGAGUAUGAACAAGUUAAUGUUCUCUUGCCAAAUAAAUUGGACAUACUUGCAUUACGUGACGAUGAAUGUGACAAAAAUCCUCAUGGCUUUACCAAAUUUAGGCCUUCAAUUACUGACAAACAAACAGUGUUAUCAGAGAUACAUGACUUUAAGUCUGUUCCUCCUAGUUGUCCCUCAUUCAUGGCUGUACCCUCUGCAGCAAGGCAUAGCGCUUUGCAAGUUAGUGAGCAUCCUUCUCCAGUGAAUAAAAGAAAUAAAGAAUUACAAUGCCCCUGUAAGUCCGACAGGCAAAAUUCUGCAACUUCCAUGGGCCAUUGUGAAACUAAUAAUGCAAAAGAGUUGGACCAGGAAGAUGUGAUCUUUAAAGAAGCCCUAACUUCAAAUCUUUAUAAUUCCAAGUCUGAUUUAUCAUCUAACAAUUUAUCGUGUAAAGAUGUUAAUUUGGUUGGUAAGAGGUUGGAUAAAAAGGAAGCAGCUCUUUCAUUCAGUUUGACGGCUUCUCUUACUGAGCAGGAGAUAUUUCCAAGAGAUGAUUAUGAGUGUAAAUGUUGCCAUAAAGGCAGAAUAUGUGAAAUUCCUAACCCAAAUCCUAUGGGCGUGUAUAUGUCAGCUGACACCCCUGUUCCGCAGAAUAAGAAUUCUUGUUCUUCUAAACAUGUAGGAAGUUUUGGUUUCUCUGUACAUGGCAGCUCCAUAUUUGAUGGAGAACCUGGAAGCUUAAUCGGCAUGACCCUGAACAAGAAACCACCAGUUGUGGACUGGAAAGAUGCAGCAUCCGAAAAUACAUCAUUUGUGCCUGCUCUAUCUUAUCACACUUCUCUACUCAUUAAGGACAGCAAUCUUGGAACUUCAGGAAAUACGUUGGAUGAACUUCUCCCAUUUUUUGAAGGGGAUUUUCAAGAGGAGAAAGUAGUGCAGCACGAGUCCUUUCCCAAUGUUGACCCAAAUAUAGCGCAAGAAUCUGCCUUGGGUGUUCCAACUCACUAUCAAAAUGAUGGCUCAGUCUUGUAUCUUUUGACACCUGUCUAUUCACCACCUUCUGUGGAUUGUGUGUAUAGAUGGUUAACAUGCAAUCAUGAAGGUUCUUCUGGAGAAACCAAUGCAUGGUCAACAAAUACUUUGUCCGUUAAAGGCCCUUCUGAGAUAGGUUCAAAAGGCUCUUCACCUGUUUAUGGUAAUAAGGUCCCUAUGGAAUUGGACUCUACAUCUAAUUUAAUGCCUAUACGAGAUCAAGCGCAAAAAGAAAUACAUCAAAAUGUUAAUUCAGAAUUUCACCUUCAAAAACCUCUGCACAGUGAAGAAAAUAAUGCAAAAAAGAAUGCUGGCGUGGACUGCUCUCUAGAUUUAUCUCAAAUUUCAGGCCCAUGUGAGAGAUCAAAUCCUACUCCCCUCAGUCAAAUUGGCUUUCGUGAUCCUGCUAGCAUUGGUGCUGGGCAGCAACUAACCUUAUUAAGUAUAGAGGUUCAAGCUGAAACUAGGGGAGAUCUUAGGCCAGAUCCUGGGUUCGAUGCCAUCAGUGUUGUUGCUCUUGCUUUCCAAAGUGAUAAUGAUUCUGCUAUUGAAGUUUGCGUUCUUUUGCAUAGUAAUAGGGAAUCUUACAACAGGAGUUCUGAUGGAAUAUCUGUAAAUAAGGUGCUUUAUUUCUCCGAGGAGAAGCAUUUGCUUAGGCAUUUUAUAAGGACUAUAGGUUUAUUUGAUCCGGAUAUUUUAAUGGGUUGGGAUAUUCAAGGUGGUUCUCUUGGUUUUUUGGCAGAGAGGGCUGCGCAUCUUGGUAUGGGCUUACUUAAUAACAUUUCUCGCACACCAUCAGAAGCCAACAUAGGAACCAGAGAAACAGAAAGUGCUGAUGAUGAAAUGCUGGAUGCUGUGCUGCAUGAAUCUUUAUUUGCAGAUUCUGGUUUGGUAGACCAAGCAGUUAUUGAGGAUGAAUGGGGCCGAACUCACGCUAGUGGUGUCCAUGUUGGUGGUAGAGUGGUCCUUAACAUAUGGAGACUGACGCGUGCUGAAGUUAAGCUGAACAUGUAUACAGUUGAAGCUGUUGGUGAAGCUGUCUUGAGGAGAAAAAUUCCAUUAAUUCCAUAUAGAGUAUUGACAAGAUGGUUUUCUAGUGGACCUGGACGAGCAAGGUAUAGAUGUAUCGAGUAUGUGAUACAGAGAGCGAGAUUGAACCUUGAAAUAAUGAAUCAACUCGAUAUGGUAAAUCGAACUUCGGAGCUUGCUCGUGUAUUUGGAAUUGACUUUUUUUCUGUUCUCUCACGAGGUUCACAGUAUCGCGUUGAAUCUAUGUUUCUCAGAUUAGCACAUACACAGAACUAUCUUGCCAUUUCUCCUGGGAAUCAACAGGUUGCUUCUCAACCUGCAAUGGAGUGCUUACCUUUAGUGAUGGAGCCAGAAUCUGGCUUCUAUGGUGAUCCAGUUGUUGUCUUGGAUUUCCAGUCUCUUUAUCCAUCAAUGAUAAUCGCAUACAACCUUUGCUUUUGCACGUGUCUUGGGAAUGUUACACGUUUGAAGGAAAAUACACUAGGGGUUUGUUCGUAUUCACCAGAUCCACAUGAUCUAAGGGAUUUGAAACAGAAAUUCCUGCUUACUCCAAAUGGUGUUAUGUAUGUUCCUUCGAAGGUUCGUAAAGGCAUACUGCCCCGGUUAUUGGAGGAAAUAUUGUCAACUAGAAUAAUGGUGAAACAAGCCAUGAAGAAGUUGGCUCCCUCACAGCAAGUUCUUCACAGGAUAUUUAAUGCAAGACAACUUGCUUUGAAGUUGAUAGCAAAUGUAACCUAUGGUUAUACAGCUGCUGGAUUUAGUGGUCGCAUGCCUUGUGCGGAGCUUGCUGACAGUAUUGUUCAAUGUGGCCGGAGCACACUGGAGAAGGCAAUUGCUUUGGUAAAUGCAAAUGAUAAGUGGAAUGCCAAAGUUAUAUAUGGUGAUACUGACAGGUGUGCAACUCUAGUUCUUAGCAUGUUUGUCCUCCUCAAGGGACGCACUGUCAAAGAAUCUUUUCAAAUUGGGCAUGAGAUUUCUUCUGCUGUAACUGCCGUGAAUCCAUAUCCAGUGACAUUAAAAAUGGAGAAAGUCUAUCAUCCAUGUUUCCUUCUUACUAAGAAACGUUAUGUUGGUUACAGCUAUGAGAGGGUUGACCAGAUUGAGCCUGUCUUUGAUGCCAAAGGUAUUGAGACUGUUCGCAGAGAUACAUGUGGGGCUGUCGCCAAAAUGAUGGAGCAGUCAUUGAGACUCUUUUUUGAACAUCAGGACAUAUCUGAGAUUAAAGGAUAUUUGCAGCGUCAAUGGACACGGAUUCUAUCUGGCAGAGUAUCUCUUCAAGAUUUUGUUUUUGCAAAAGAGGUUCGCUUGGGCACUUACAGUACAAGGGCUUCUUCAUCACUUCCUCCAGCAGCAAUCGUGGCUACUAAAGCAAUGAGAGCAGAUCCCCGGGCUGAACCGUGCUAUGCAGAGCGAGUGCCCUAUGUUGUGAUCCAUGGGGAACCAGGUGCCCGCCUGGUUGAUAUGGUUGUGGACCCAUUGGAACUUAUGGCAGUUGAUUCUCCUUACAGAUUAAAUGAUAUGUAUUACAUAAACAAACAGAUAAUCCCAGCAUUGCAGCGAGUAUUUGGACUUAUUGGUGCUGACUUAAACCUCUGGUUUUCAGAGAUGCCCCGCCCAGGAAGGGAUACUUUUGCUAAGCGCACGCCAUAUGUCUCAAAUCCACAACGGACUAGAAUUGAUUUUUACUAUCUUUCAAAACAUUGUGUGCUAUGCGGAGAGUUGGUCCACACAUCAACACAUAUGUGCAACAAAUGUUCGCAGGAGGAAACUGCUGCUGCAACAGCCGUAAUUGUAAGGACAUCGAAAUUGGAGAGGGAGAUGCAACACCUUGCUGCUAUAUGUCGACAUUGUGGAGGUGGGGACUGGCUUAUGGAUAGUGGAGUAAAGUGCAGUUCGCUUGCUUGCUCAGUGUUCUAUGAGAGGCGUAAAGUUCAGAAAGAACUACAGGGCAUAUCUGUUGUUGCAACAGAUAAAGGUUUCUACCCUAAGUGUAUGGUUGAAUGGUUCUGAAUGCGGCUCCUAUCCAUAACGUGUUCGGUUAUGUGAUGACCAAGUGAAAAUUCUCAAGUUUAAUCAGGAAAAAAAUUGCUGAUUAGCCCUGUUGUAUAGUUGUGCAGCUUCUGACGACUAUACCAUUCCAAAAUUUUGCCAUGCAGGCGUAGCAAAAUAAUUGGCUGUUGUACUUACCCGUGAAUAUUCAGAUUGAAACAUAGAUAAAACUGAGAUGAAAAAAAGGUGAGGGAAGGAGAGAAUAUCAAGUCAAUUAGAGUGUAUUAUUACAUAUAAGAAUACAUAUUAGGUAAUAAAAUAAAUUAAUUUUUUAA